UAUGAAAGCAGGUCAAUGGAGCUAAGGUUGUAAACUUGCUGUGUCACUGAGUGCAAAUAUAUGUCAUGAGGUGGCACGCUCCACAGAAGGCCAGCGGCUCCUAUUCAUGCUCUGCCAACUCAAGCAACAUGACCGCAAAAGAAGACUUGGAAGCCAAUGACAGCCAGAUAUCCACCAUCCAAGUGGCAACGCAGGGAGAGACAGCACAGAAUGCGGACAGCCCGGCAUCUGCCCACUGUGGGGUCAGAAAGAUGGAAAGAGCCCGCAACUGGGGCUGGCUUCUGUCUGGAUACAUCUCCUUAAAUGUCCUGCUCCUGGGAAUUGUUUUAGUCAGCGGAAGCGUCUUCAACGGCACCCAGAUUUCAUCUUCACACCUGCAGAUUUACCUCAUCUUACUUGUCGUUCUCACUACCAUCUGGAUGGUUUACUACAAAGCCCACACAUGUAGGGUGGACAGUGCCGUGCUAUACAAAGAUAGCCAUGCUGGACCGGUCUGGCUGAGAGCUGGCUUGGUUCUGUUUGGCGUCUGCAGUGUUCUCAUGGAUAUUUUCAAGAUUGUUUACUAUGUGGGUUAUGCACACUGUGAGUCAGCCGUGAAGAUAGUGUUCCCUGUUGUGCAAGCGGUGUUUGUUAUUGUGCAGACAUAUUUUCUCUGGGUUCAUGCUAAAGACUGUGUACAGCUACAGAAACGCAUCACACGUUAUGGUCUGAUGUUGACCUUGUCAACAAAUCUGGUGGUGUGGAUGACCGCUGUGACGGAAGAAUCGCUCCAUCAGACCAUUAUUCCAGACGACUCUAACAGUUCAUCCAACACCCCCCACGGCUUCAACUUCUCACUGAAAGGGUCAGCCCCCGGCAAUUGCAAGUGCAUCCACGAUUUCUGCGACGUCUUCGAGAAAGCUUUCUAUUACUUGUACCCUUUCAACAUUGAGUACAGCCUCUUCGCCUCUGCGAUGGCCUACGUCAUGUGGAAAAACGUUGGCCGCCAGAUGGACGAACACCACGACCAUCUCCGUUUCAGGCUGUGGGACGUUGUGGUCGGUCCAGUGGCCGGACUGAUCGUUCUGGUGGCGGGUCUGGCUACGUUCGUGGUGUACGAAGUGGACGUGUCCAAAGGGGACCCAAACAAGAAGGAGGACGCUCUGACGAUCUAUUACAUCAUGAACAUAGUCACCAUCACGCUGAUGUCCAUAGCGACGCUGAGCGGCUGUAUCAUCUUCCAGCUGGAUAAGAGGGAGCAUGUGUCCGAGAAGAACCCCACGCGGAGUCUAGAUGUGGGACUGCUUGUGGGAGCGUCUCUGGGCCAGUUCCUCAUCUGUUACUUCACCAUCGUGGCCAUGCUGGCGUCAGGGGUCAAAGGGCAUGUGAACGGGCUCACUCUGGCCUCUUCCAUUCUAACUGUGAUCCAGCUGUGUCUACAGAACUCCUUCCUCAUCAAGGGCCUCCACCGGAAGCCUUUCAAAGAGACACCAACGGCCACCGUCUUUGCUAACGCCAGGGUCGUACAGAGGGACCCGGAUAGACGGAACAGCUCUAUCGUUCCGGCUCACGCUCUACCCAUCACCCUGACGCUGCUUCAGGGCCGACUCUCCUGGAAGAGGAGGAUCCUCAAGGAGAUUUGCGCCUUCCUGCUCAUCUGCAACGUAAUUCUGUGGAUCAUCCCUGCCUUUGGAGCCCGUCCUCAGUUUGACAACCCUGUUGGAUCAUACAUCUAUGAAUUUAAAACAUGGGUAGCUGUGGUGAACAUUGGGAUGCCAUUUGGGAUCUUUUACCAAAUGCACUCAGUGGCCAGCCUUUUUGAAGUGUGCCUUGCCUCAUAAACUGCCCACUUAAGAACUCUUCUAAUGCACAUACAUUUGUAAUAUAUAUAUAUUUUAUAUUAUAUUUUUGUUUAACUAAAAUAUGUUAUUUUUAUUGACAAUAUUAUGUGUAAAUGUGUAGGAAUCUGUUGUUGUCUUAGAUCAUGCUGAAAUCAUUUGACAUGUGUGCAUGAUGUCUCUUCUGAAAUAUGGCGUAACGCUGUUACGGGCUGUAGCGAUGCAAUGAAAUACUCUGGAG